AUGUUAAUAGCUGCAACACUGGCAGUUGACGAGAUAUCAAUCCAAUCGUAUACAAAAAUAUAUAGAAAAACAAAGAAAGAUAAAAAGAUAUACACACUUUUUGAUUAUUUUAUCUUUAUCUAUUGUGAUGUUAUAGUUAUAUUAUAUAGAAGUAUGUUACAGCAUAAUUAA